ACCCUGUUUUUUUUUAAAAAAAAAGAACUAUGAAGUAUGAUCCGUGACUGCUUUUAUAUUUAUAAUCUCGUUACUUACGCGCAACGAUUUCCAAAUAUAUAUUGAUUGGCUCCACACACGCUCUUUCUGUUUCCCUCCGUAGAUACGAGUCGUCGUUGAGAAAGAAGAUCGAGAAAUGGCGUCUUCUCCAUCGACGAGCGAAGAACCGAGACAAGAACCACCACCACCACCACCGCCGCCACAACAACAAGAGGAAGAAGGAGUGAAGGAGUGCAUACACAAGACUAAGACGAUACAGUUCCUCGGCCGCACCACUCCUAUCGUUCUUCAAAACGACAAUGGACCCUGCCCUCUCCUCGCCAUUUGUAAUGUUCUUCUGUUGAGGAAUAAUUUGAAUUUGAGUCCAGAUAUAGCCGAAGUGUCUCAGGAGAAGUUGCUUUCUCUGGUUGCUGAGCGAUUAAUCGACUCCAACAGCGAUGUUCAUAAUAAAGAUGCUGGGUAUGUUGAAAAUCAGCAACAGAACAUUGCAGAUGCAAUUGAUUUGCUUCCACGACUGGCUACCGGGAUUGAUGUAAAUAUAAAAUUUAGGAAGAUAGAUGAUUUUGAAUUCACCCGAGAAUGUGCCAUAUUUGACCUACUUGACAUUCCCCUAUAUCAUGGUUGGAUAGUGGAUCCGCAGGAUUAUGAAACUACGAAUGCCAUUGGGUCAAAAUCGUAUAAUGCACUUACAGGUGAACUUGUUGCCCUGGAAACACGAAAUGCAGACCAGAAAUGUAGCAAUAAUCCUGAAGAAGAUUCCAUUGAUUUUGCUGCUGCAACUACUGCAACUCUUGGGGUUCCUUCUCCGUGCCUUUCAAAAGUUGGAUCAUUUGAUGAAUCUCCUCAUUCUGUUUCUGAUCGUAAAAACACAAGUAAAGAAGACCUCGAAGAAGAGGCAGAGCUUCAGAGAGCUUUGAAAAUGUCAGAGGCUGAACCGCCUGCUUCAGAUGUCGAUUCUUUUUUGAUCAACGCUGGUGAAGGGACCAUGUCUGUCAGGUCGGGAGAAAGUACUUGUUCCAAGGAGUUCACGCCUUUAGAUUCAUUAGAGCAGCAUGUUGGCAGCGAAAAUCAAAGCUUUUGUCUGCCUGACCCAUUCAUACCAGACAAUCACACAAUUUCAAGCAAUGGUAUUAAUAAUGCAGCAUGUUUUGAGACUAUGUCGGCUGAAAGAGCAUCUCUGCCUUCAAAAGUGAAUUUAAUUGAACUUGGUGUAUCAAGUGAUGCAGAACCUAUAGGAUUUGUCCCUUCUAACAACGCAGUUGAGAAUAGUGGUACUGAGAAAGUGGUCCUUCCUGGAAAAGAUAAUGCACAUGUGGACGAAAGCUCAAUGGAAAUUACACAAGGGGGUGAAAGGGUUGAAAACAUCAGUGUUCUAGUGGCAGAUGACCUAAGUGGAUGUGACAUAGUAGAAGCAUCUCAUUUAUCUGCACAAAAUGCAGAUUCAGACUCAUCAAAUGACCGAAAAUCAUGCGCGGAUGUAUCUGAAACUAUUACUUCAAGUGUUGAUGACAGUGAACCUAUGUAUGAAGGAGAAGAAUGCAUAUUGGAUUCGGCCGCUGCUGUUUAUGAAGACCGAGAACCUGUGUAUGAAGGUGAGAUGGUUCUUGCGGAACAAGCUGAUGAAAGCACUUCGGCUGCCUCGAGAGUGAUAUCUAAGGAUGAAAUCACUGCACAACAAGGAGAGCUUAUGAGGAACUUUCUUAGAAACAAUGCUAGUCAAUUGACCUUUUAUGGGCUUUUCUGCUUGCAAGAUGGUCUCAAAGAACGUGAACUCUGUGUGUUCUUCCGUAACAAUCACUUCAGUACCAUGUUUAAGUAUGAAAGUGACCUAUAUCUCUUAGCCACUGACCAAGGAUACAUAAAUCAGCCUGAUUUGGUGUGGGAGAAGCUAAAUGAGGUCAAUGGAGACACUUUGUUCAUGAUGGGUAACUUUAAGGAAUUCAAGGUGGACAAUCAUGGAAAUGAUACCUGGGAUGAACGAAAUGCUAUUGCCAAUACUGCUGACUAUCUUGCCUCUGUAGGUGGUGCAGCACAUGCGGAUUUGGGCAUAAAUUCUGAUCUGCAGCUGGCAAUAGCUCUGCAACAACAAGAGUUUGAGCAACAGCCACAACAACAGAAUUUGCAGCAACAAAGCAUUAAUGAUAGUUCAAGACUUGUCACAGGCCCCCAGGCACCAAGAACUAGCAGUACUGGCAGAAGCUCAUCCUCAUCCCCCAAGCCCGAUAGCAAGUCAAAAGACAAGUGUAUUGUGAUGUGAACGCUGCAUCCUACAUGCAGGUGGGGAUUGGGGAGUAAAAUGGUUUGCAUCUUUAACCCCUCCCAGGCCAGGAUUGGGAAGCCUCUCUCUACAUCCCAUGUAGCUCAGUGGACUCGGGUUCGAACCUUCGUCUCCUGAAUUUAUGUACAAAAAUAAUUUCUUCCAAAAGCAUGCAAAUAUUUGCAUUGACUCGGUCCUAGUAUUUUACUAUUUUUCCUGUAAUCAAUGACUUUAAUCCUGAUUACCACCCAAAAUGUCUCACUAAUUGGCUCUUAGUGUACUUUUGUGUCGGUCCAUGACUCCAUAGAGGAUUCAUGAAUGAUGGGGGAAGAAACAGAUGAAGAAAUUUUAGUGGGAAAUUAUAUAAUUAACAGAAGGCGAAAGGGUGACAGGACAUAUAUACAGUGGAACCCACAAAGUUUAACAACGA